UGGCUCAUGGAUGUCCAGUUCAUCGGUACAGUGUUAUUUUGAGUUAUUUUCCUUAUUCAGUUAUAUUCAAUUACCGAAGUAGUAUUGAAAGCAGUUACUAGAGAUGAAAUUACUUUGAGAUCUUGACCACAAAUGAAAGGAGACUGUACCCUGCGUUAUAAAAUUUUCCUUAACCUUAAACGUAUUUUAUCCUGAGCAUUUGAGAAUGAUUAUUCUCAUUUAACAGUAAUUCAUUCUAUUUCCUUCGUUUCUAGGAAGGUUAAAGGUGAACAUUACGAUGUUUUCGACUUAACACAGUCUGUAAUUUUUAAGAUCAGUGUCCACUUCUGCGAUGAGAUCGAGGGCUCUUUUGAAAUGCUGUGCUCGAAGCUUUUCCACUGGUGCAGUUGUUCCUCGGGUAUGCAUUGUCGGUUCAGGCCCGGCUGGCUUUUAUGCUGCGCAGAAGUUAAUUAAGACUCUAAGCGACGUGGAAGUUGAUAUAUUGGAAAGGCUACCAGUACCAUUUGGUUUGGUACGUUUUGGAGUUGCACCGGAUCAUCCGGAAGUUAAAAAUGUGAUCAACACCUUUCAUAAAGUGGCAAAGGAUCGGCGUGUUCGAUUUAUAGGAAACGUUAAAGUUGGUCAAGAUGUGACAAUCAGGCAACUUAAGGAGAACUAUCACGCAGUCCUCCUGAGUUAUGGUGCCGAACAAGACAAGACUUUGGGAAUUCCUGGGGAGAAUCUGGGAAACGUAAUCUCUGCACGGCGUUUCGUGGGUUGGUAUAAUGGAGUACCGUCUGACCGAGAGCUUAAAGUCAAUUUGGAUGUCGAGGAAGUCGCAAUUUUAGGACAAGGGAAUGUGGCCAUCGAUGUGGCUAGGAUCCUGGCGGCACCGAUAGAUAGAAUAAAGAAGACUGACAUCACGGCGUACGCUCUAGAAGAAUUAUCCCGUAGCAAAGUUCGAAAAAUCUGGAUAAUUGGCCGAAGAGGACCGCUGCAAGUAGCCUUCACGAUCGCCGAGCUGCGAGAGCUGAUAAACCUCGAGAAGUGCAAAAUGUUGUGGCGCACGAGUGAUUUCACAGGGGUAAGAGAAAUUGUCCCUAAUCUAGCGAGGCCAAGAAAACGGUUAACCGAACUCAUGUUGAAUUCAUUGGACGAAAGUUCGGCUAACUCGUCGAAUGGACACGAUAAAGAGAUUCGUCCUGUAUUUCUGCGAAGCCCAGUUGAGUUCUUUGGAGUAGAUUCCGUGGAGGCAGUGAAGCUCUCCGUUAAUCGUUUGGAAGGUGACGAUGUACUGAAACAAGUGGCCAAGCCUACGGGGGAAUUCGAGGAAAUAUCCUGUGGACUCGCAUUUAGGAGCAUAGGUUACAAGUCCACAUUGAUAGACGAAGAUCUGCCAUUCGAUGCUAAGAGUGGUCGGGCGGUAAACGAUGCCGGGAAAGUCGGCGACAAUCUUUACACAGCCGGUUGGUUAGCCACCGGGCCCGUUGGAGUCAUUUUGACCACGAUGACGAACGCCUUCCAAGUGGCCCAGCGAAUUUGCAAAGAGCUCAAUACAGAGGAAAGCAGGCCUGGAUGGAACAAGAUUUCUGAAAUUCUUAACGAGAAAGGUGUGCGAACUGUGUCCUACGAGGACUGGGAAAAGAUUGAUAAGGUAGAGAUAGAGAGAGGGAAAAAAUUGGGAAAAGCGAGGGAGAAGAUAGUUGACGUCAAUGAAAUGCUGAAGAUCAUAGAUCAAUGACCGGAAGCAGUAAUGCUAGUUCUUAAAAUAAGUCAGGGAAUUUUUAUGCAUUUAUAUAAUGCAGUGGACUUCAGUGGGUUAACUUAACAUAAUAGGACGAAGUAAGUGCGAUCAACUAAGUAAUUCCUGCAUUACCAAAUGGUAGUUUGUAAUUACCAAUUCAUGGCAUGCAUGCUUCGGAACCAAUUGGAGAUGCAUUGUUAAAAUGAACUUAUAUAGGUUUUUUAAAUGCUCAAUAAAACCCGACAUGAAGGUCUGAGUGACUUUUGUGUUAUUUGGGUAAAAUAUUAUAUGUUUAAGGUGGAGUGAAACACGUCGAGAAAUUCGAUCGAUGUCGGUAAAAACGACUCUUCUAAAUAUCUACGUUAUUAACGUUCAUGUUUGAAUUGACAGCUGUGUCCAAAUAUAUUGGGUAUUGUACUAAAUAGCAUACUUCGUGUGUCAUUUCCGUACAAUAAUUAUAAAGAAAUCCACAAAUAUUUUUGCUCCGAUUUUUACUUGGCUUUAACUUUAAUCUCUUUUUCUAUUCCCCUAUAUUUGUUUUCAUCGCAAUAUAUUUCAAUGAUUCACGACACGCAUGAAUUAUUUAUCACUCUAUCCGCGUAUAAUGUUUGGUAGGCAAAUGGAGAGUCAUCGCAGAGAUUAAAAAUUUAUUUCCGGUACUAUAAUUUAUUCUCAUAGCUUAAUAAUAGUUGAAAUGAUAUAAUUAAUUAUUAAUAUUGGCAGCAGUCUACGGAUUUGCUAAUGAAGCAACGGAGUACAUUCAAUGCGAUUUCAUACAAAUUACGGUAAUCUGAGGCGCCUCUUUCUCGAUGCCCAACUUAAACAAGCAGUCGAUAAAGCGAGCUUUUUCACGUCGUGUAACAGGUCACAUUUCAAAUGCCUUUAUUCUCCAAGAUCGUAAUUAGAUUUGAGUACAAUAUAUUCUUCAUUAAUAUUUAUACGCAUAUUUUUGUAUAUAUAUAUAUUUAUAUAUUUAUAUGUAUGCACGCGCGCGUAUGUGUACAUUAUGCAAGAGAUCGCUCGAUGGCUGCUGUCCAGCCCACAGGAACAUAAAAGUCAUUUAAGAAUAUAAUUUUUGUUUUCAUAACGCAGCUAUCUACACAAACAUUAAGGAAUCGCGAUUUAAAUUAACCUUAACCCUAGGUCGUAGUAUAUAUUAUUUACAAAAAAGAGCGAAGGGACUCCCUUCCUUUCGCAAAAAUGCAGAUUGUCACGGUAUAUCAUAACUCGGCCUCAGUUUACAUCCGGUCCCGAAAGCUCAUUACUUUGUAAAAGUGGCUUCUUGCCGAGGGAGAUCUACGAUGAUCGAAUUGGGGAUUCCGAUGAAAUUUUCAUAUGUUCCGCAUUUAAUAAUGCAGUACAUGCAAUGCAUAUGGGAGGCUGUUUUGAUUAAUAGACCUUAGAUGAAUUUUUUCAUUUUGAAUCUAGAACCGCACCAUGUGCACCGACUUUCAAGGUUCAUCCAACAUCCAAUUUUGAGAUGUUCCACAUUGAAGAGUGCAGUACAUGCUACGCAUAUGGGAGGCUGUUUUGAUUAAUAGACCUUAGGUCUUGAAUUUUUUUCAUUUUGAAUCUAGAGCACGGUAUGUGCACUGACUUUCAAGGUUCAUCCAACAGGGUCGCUUGGCGAAACCACAAAGUAUCAGGCUUUGGGCCGCUAAUUUACUUAAAUGAAACGGAAUACGUGCCGAUUUUUUUUACGAAUACCUUCCGCAAAAUCCAUACAAAUUUCCGAGCCCGACACGUCUCGCCUUCGUAGCAAGAACAAAUGCGGAAACAUCACAUACGGUUUUACGUAGAGCUUCUCUACGGAAUACAUUUAUUCUCCACAAGGGAAGAACGUGGAGAUAGUCGAGUUACGCAUUAAUUAUGUAAAUGCCGUAGAAAAAAGAAAAAAGGAAAAUAACUCGCAAUUUGGGACGCGAUGCCGAGGCUCGUUCCUUAUGGCGACGAUGGGGAAAAUGGCUUAAAAAUUGAGCUCUAGUUAGAAACCUACACUGAGAACUCUCACUUUGCGAAAGUUUAGGCUCUUUCUGGAUUGUGUCGUCAUCGGUUGCCCGACCUCGUAAUAUAAUUAUAAUUUACGAAAGGGAUUUACCAGUUAAUAAGUGCAGCGUGAUGCUCCUCGCAAUGGAAUGACUCUAUCGCGAAAUCAAAUUCGAGAAAGGGUAAUCAAAGGUUCGGGCAUUUUGAAUGAUAGUCCAGGAAGCGGACCACCUAGAUAAUUAUUCAAGAGCACGGAGGUUUUCAAUGUCUGUCUCGAAUGUCAUUUUCGCGAUCAUCUUCCAACGUGGAGCAUGUUUUGGUAUGACUUUCAAUCAUGUGUUAUAAAAACGACAAUUCGGCGGCACAUAUACGCCUGAAACGGAUAACAUCCAGACCAAAAAGGGUACAUGACUUGGGUAACUACUUGAAGGAGUUUCAAUUCAUACUUUUCUUACUCACGAAGUUACCGAUGCAUUUUUAAUUACGAAUUAGUGUACAUCUGCAAUCGACCGGAACUCCGCUUCUUUUUUUUUUUAAUUAAAGUUUCUGAAAUGCUAAUGAAGCAUUGAGCACUUUGAAUUGAAAAAAAGAACUAAUUAAAGUACUUUUCUGAUAUACAUUCAAAGAACUUUAUACUUGAUCAACAUUAUCGGGAUAGCUGGCAAUUAAUUACGGGGAGACCUAUCGAGAACAGGCGUGCAAUAAUUAACGAUUGGAAAGCGCCGAUGAAUAUCCUUUUACAGAGAAUUAUAAAUAAAAUCAUUUCAAGCAGGUACCUAAGUCUGUACGUGACACAUCGACGUGUAAUGACGAAAAUACAUUUUCCUUUUGCUUUUUCUUAAAGUGAAGAACAAUAUCACCGUUCAACUGGACCUCU